AACGCCCCGGAAACACCACGAAGCAGCCGUGAAAACGUCAAUCCUCCUCCCCUCCCCUCCCCUCCCCUCGGCUGCCCACCUCCUCCCCCGCGACGCGCCUAAGCAACCUCCUCCUCCUCGACGUCCUCGUCCCUCUUCUCCGCCGCUCCGAACCCGCCUUGCCUUCUCACCAACUCGGCUGCUACCCGCGCCGCACGGUGCCAUGGGCGCCUCCUCCAGCCGCCGCCGCCUCCGUGACGACUACUACCCGCCCCCGCCGCCUCCUCCGCACCACUACUCCUCCUACCCGCCUCCACCUCCGCCGCCGCACCACCACCACCACCACCACCAGCCUCCACCUCCGCCACCGAACCACCACCACCCGCCGCCUCCCCCGCCGCACCACCACCACCGGCAUCCCCCUCCGCCACCGCCCCACGCGGCGUCAUACUACUACUACCACCACCCGCCGCCCCCGCACGCGUACCACGGCCCCUGGCACCCCGCGCCCCUGCAGCCGCAGCCGCAGCCGCCCGCGCUGACGGGGCCCCCGCCCGAGUUCGUGGAGCACCAGCAGGCGCGGAAGGUGAAGAACGACGUCAACCUGCACAAGGACACCAUCAGGCUCGUGCCCGACGACGCCGACCCCUCCCGACGCCUCGUCGCCUUCACCUUCGACGCCGUGAACGACGGCAGUGUUACUAUAUAUUACUUUGCCAAGGAAGGAAAAUGCUGCAGUUUUUCUUCAGUAUAUCCAGAAUUACAGACGCCAACAAAGAUACCCUUCCAGAAAGGGUUGGCCCAAAGGUUCAUCCAGCCCUCUGGAUCUGGUGUUGACUUGGGAUUCUUUUCUCUGGAUGAGCUUUCAAAUCCUUCAGGGGAAGUAUUCCCACUGGUAGUUUACGCUAAAGCUUAUUCAUCUCCAGAGGAAGGUGAUCAACCAUUAAACUCCACUCGUGCACAAAUUACUCUUGCUGUUAUAGAGAAGCAUAACAGUGAACUUCAAGUCAAAGUUGUCAAGCAAAUCUUGUGGAUUGAAGGAGUGCGGUAUGAGCUACAAGAAAUUUUUGGUAUUGUCAACUCAACAGAAGUUGAUGUUCCCAAUGCUGAUGACACGGGGAAGGAAUGUGUCAUCUGCUUGACCGAGCCAAGGGACACUGCUGUUAUUCCUUGUAGGCAUUUGUGUAUGUGCAGUGAAUGUGCAAAAGCUCUAAGACUUCAGUCAAAUAAAUGCCCCAUAUGCAGACAGCCUGUUGAGAAACUAAUGGAGAUCAAAGUUAGAAGUCCUGAGCCAUAAAGGAGACUUUACUGGUAUGGUUGUUGCUACAUUGUAUUGUCUAAUUGUCCAUAAUCCUGUAAUAUAACUUCGGUUUUCAAAACGUAUAGUAAUGAUGUGGUUGUGAUGACGUGAUCUAGUAACGGAUUGUUCAAAUCGUCAGUUGGCAAUUGGACUCUUGCUUUUUGCUGGUAGUUAUCUAGGUGUACCUAGAACAUGGUAUCUGAAACCAAACCUUGUCAUAGUUUUGUAACCCUGCAUUUUAACGAGCUAAAUUUACCAGGUACAUCUUUUUCUGUUGCA